AUGGCGAAUCCAAACUACCCACAGCAACCCAAUAAUCCUUUCGCAAUCCCCACCGGUCCUUAUCCUCAGCAACCUCAGCAACGACAGCCCAUUAGGCAUGAAUAUGACAACGACUCAGACGCAGGUAGUCCUUAUACCAGCACAACUCGGCUCGCAGCCGCCCAGCCCUACUAUGAUCAGCCUACAGUGAGGGAUUCGGCCUCAGAUGCCGGCCAUGGUUCUCGAUCCUAUGCACCUUCUAUUGCCUCGCAGGCAAGUCAGCCCUACGCUUCUCCCUUUACCGACCCUGGCCAAGGCUCCCGGCCAUAUCCCGCUUGGUCACCAGAGCGGCAGAUUCCCAUCUCAAGUGAAGAGAUAGAAGAUAUAUUCCUCGACCUCACUCAGAAGUUUGGUUUCCAGCAUGAUUCCAUGCGCAACAUGUUUGACUUCCUGAUGCAUGCUCUUGACUCCAGAGCUUCUCGCAUGAGCCCCAAUCAGGCUCUCCUAACUCUUCAUGCGGACUACAUCGGAGGGCAGCACGCCAAUUAUCGCAAGUGGUACUUCGCUGCUCAGCUGAAUCUCGACGAUGCUGUUGGCCAGUCCCAGAAUCCCGGUUUGCAGCGACUUCGUAGUGUCAAAGGUAAUGCCAAGACCGCUGGCUCCAAGCAUCUUGACAGCGCCAUCAAUCGCUGGCGCAAUGCCAUGAACAACAUGAGUCAGUAUGACCGUCUGCGACAGAUCGCACUCUACCUCUUGUGUUGGGGUGAAGCAGGCAAUGUACGCUUUGUCCCUGAGUGCCUUUGCUUCAUCUUCAAGUGUGCCGACGACUACUACCGAAGCUCGGAAUGCCAGAACAACAUGGACCCCGUUCCCGAGGGCUUGUACCUCAACACGAUCAUUAAACCGCUAUACAAGUUCAUGCGUGACCAAGGGUACGAAGUUGUCGAAGGGAAGUUCGUGAGAAGAGAGAGGGACCACGAUCAGAUCAUUGGGUACGAUGACAUCAACCAACUCUUCUGGUAUCCUGAAGGUUUAGCACGUAUCGUCCUCGAGAACGGGACGAGGCUUGUUGAUAUUGCUCCUGCAAAGCGUUUUAUGAACCUUCGUCGAGUGGUUUGGGACCGUGUGUUCUUCAAGACCUACUUCGAAAAACGUUCAACGGCCCACUUGAUUGUCAACUUCAACCGCAUAUGGAUCCUUCACAUUUCCAUGUACUGGUUCUACACUGCAUUCAACUCUCCUCGCGUGUACGCUCCCGAGAAUAAGCAGUUUCCUGCACCGGCAAUGUAUUGGUCUGCCACGGCCCUCGGUGGUGCGGUUGCUACUUUAAUCAUGAUCAUUGCUACCCUCGCCGAGUUCACGUAUAUCCCCACGACAUGGAACAACGCCUCACACCUGACGACCCGAUUCAUAUUCUUACUGGUGAUUCUUGCGCUCACAGCUGGCCCGACCAUCUACGUCGCUUUGAUGGAGACUGGUGUAAAUCCCAGUAACUCCCAGGUCCCGCUGAUUAUCAGUAUUGUGCAAUUUUUCAUCUCAGUGGUAGCCACCAUUGCCUUCGGCAUAAUACCGUCUGGGAGGAUGUUCGGUGAUCGCGUGGCUGGCAAGAACCGCAAAUACAUGGCAUCGCAGACCUUUACUGCCUCUUAUCCCGCCCUUGAACGGUCUGCACGACUUGCAAGUAUCGCACUCUGGGCGCUUGUCUUCGCUUGCAAGUUUGUCGAGUCCUACUUUUUCUUGACCAACUCAUUCAGUUCGCCCAUUGCUGUUAUGGCUCGAACGGAGGUUCACAAUUGCAACGACAAAUACUUUGGUGCAGCUCUCUGUUCGAACCAAAUCUCAUUCACGCUUGGCAUCAUGUAUAUCAUGGACUUGGUCCUGUUCUUCCUGGAUACCUAUCUAUGGUACAUCAUCUGGAAUGUCGUGUUCAGCAUUGGUCGGUCUUUCGCUCUUGGCCUAUCCAUCUGGACGCCGUGGAAGGAUGUCUAUACCCGCAUGCCGAAGCGUAUCUACGCUAAGCUGCUUGCUACCGCGGAAAUGGAAGUUAAGUACAAGCCGAAGGUCCUAGUUUCUCAGAUCUGGAAUGCCGUCAUCAUUUCCAUGUACAGAGAGCAUCUCCUCUCCAUCGAACAUGUGCAGCGGUUGCUAUAUCACCAGGUCGAUGCUCCUGACGGGCGACGGGUCCUCCGUGCUCCUCCAUUCUUCACGAGCCAGACCAGCAACUUUAAGGGUACCUUUUUCCCGGCCGAUGGCGAAGCUGAACGUCGUAUCUCGUUCUUUGCUUCUUCUCUGACCACCGCUUUGCCUGAUCCCCUUCCGGUCGAUGCUAUGCCCACCUUCACCGUCAUUGUCCCUCACUACUCUGAGAAAAUCCUUCUUUCCCUCCGUGAAAUUAUUCGUGAAGAAGACCAGAACACUCGCGUCACACUGCUCGAGUAUCUCAAACAACUGCAUCCCGUCGAGUGGGAUAAUUUUGUCAAGGACACCAAGAUUUUGGCGGCUGAACAUGAAGGCACGGACGGUACGGCCUCGGUCAACGAGAAACAAUCAAGCAAAGCAGAUGACUUGCCAUUCUACUGCGUCGGUUUCAAGACUUCUUCCCCGGAGUACACUCUUCGUACGCGUAUAUGGGCUUCCCUCCGCGCACAAACACUCUAUCGUACGGUUUCUGGCAUGAUGAACUAUGCCAAGGCCAUCAAGCUCUUGUAUCGUGUAGAGAACCCGGACAUUGUCCAUAUGCUGGGUGGUAACACGGAUAAACUUGAGCGGGAGCUGGAACGCAUGUCUCGUCGCAAGUUCAAGUUCAUGGUCUCUAUGCAGAGAUACUCCAAGUUCAACAAGGAGGAGCUUGAGAAUGCAGAGUUCUUGUUGCGCGCUUACCCAGACCUGCAAAUUGCAUACCUGGAUGAAGAGGCCGGUCCCAAGGGCAGCGACCCCACACUGUACUCUAUUCUCAUUGAUGGCCACUCUGAAAUUGAUGAAGCGACUGGCAAGAGGAAGCCGAAGUUCCGUAUACAGCUCCCUGGUAACCCAAUCUUGGGUGAUGGCAAGUCCGACAACCAGAACCACGCUAUCAUUUUCUACCGCGGCGAAUACCUGCAGCUUAUCGAUGCAAACCAGGACAAUUACCUAGAGGAAUGUCUCAAGAUUAGGAACGUCCUUGGGGAGUUUGAAGAGUACCAGGUUUCAGGCCAGAGUCCAUACGCUCAGUGGGGCCAUAAGGAAUUCAAGAAGGCCCCGGUCGCCAUCGUUGGUACCCGAGAGUACAUCUUUUCGGAGAAUAUUGGUGUCCUCGGUGAUAUUGCUGCAGGAAAGGAACAGACUUUCGGUACGAUGACAGCUCGUGCUUUGGCUUGGAUUGGUGGCAAGCUCCAUUACGGACACCCCGAUUUCCUCAACGCGUUGUUCAUGACUACUCGUGGCGGUGUCUCCAAAGCUCAGAAAGGUCUCCAUCUCAAUGAGGAUAUCUUCGCCGGUAUGAACGCGUUUGGCCGUGGCGGUCGCAUCAAGCACUCCGAGUAUUACCAGUGCGGAAAGGGUCGUGAUCUUGGCUUUGGUACCAUUCUCAACUUCCAGACCAAGAUUGGUACUGGUAUGGGUGAACAAUUGCUCAGUCGCGAGUACUAUUACCUGGGAACCCAGCUUCCAAUGGAUCGGUUCUUGACUUUCUACUAUGGUCAUCCGGGAUUCCACAUCAAUAACAUUCUGGUCAUUCUCUCGAUCCAAGUUUUCAUGGUAACCUUGACAUACAUCGGGACCUUGAACAAGCAGUUGGCUAUCUGUGCAGUUGACUCACAAGGAAACGUGCUUGGUGGUCAACAAGGCACUGGUUGCUACAACCUCAUUCCUGCGUUUGAAUGGAUUAAGCGUUGCAUUAUCUCCAUCUUCUUGGUGUUCUUCAUCGCCUUCCUUCCGUUGUUCUUACAAGAACUUGUCGAGCGAGGCACAGGAAAGGCUCUGCUGCGUCUGGGCAAGCAUUUCUUGUCUCUUUCUCCGAUUUUCGAAGUGUUCUCCACUCGGAUCUAUUCACAGGCCGUUGUUAGCAAUCUGACGUUUGGUGGUGCCCGGUACAUCGCAACUGGACGUGGUUUCGCGACAACGCGUAUCUCCUUCAGCAUCUUGUAUUCUCGCUUCGCAGGUCCUAGCAUCUACAUGGGCAUGAGAAACUUGCUGCUGUUGCUCUACGCUUCCUUGACCAUUUGGAUCCCGCACUUAAUCUACUUCUGGUUCUCCGUCCUAUCCCUUUGCAUUGCGCCUUUCGUGUUCAACCCGCAUCAGUUCUCCUUCACCGACUUUAUCAUCGACUAUCGCGAGUUCUUGCGCUGGAUGUCCCGUGGUAACUCGAGGACGAAGGCCAGCAGCUGGUACGGUUACUGCCGUCUGUCGCGAACGAUGAUUACUGGGUACAAGAAGAAAAAGCUCGGCCAUCCAUCUGAGAAGCUCUCGGGCGACGUACCUCGUGCUUCUUGGCGUGCCGUCUUCAUCGCUGAAGUUGUCUGGCCAAUCUGUCAAGCAAUCAUAUUCAUCGUGGCCUACAUGUUCGUCAAGUCCUUCCCCGACCGCAACGGUGACCCCAGUCCCAGUCCCCUCAUUCGUAUCGCUGUCAUCUCCAUCGGCCCCAUGGUGUGGAACGCUGCAGUUUUGAUUGCCCUCUUUUUCAUCUCCUUGUUCCUUGGUCCUAUGUUCAGCAAAUGGCAGAAGUUUGCGUCCGUCGUUGCAGCGAUCGCCCAUUUCCUUUCGCUCCUGGGAUUGAUCGCCUUCUUCGAGUUCUUCUGGUUCUUGGAGCUUUGGGAUUCGUCUCACGCUGUUCUUGGUGUUAUCUGCAUCGUUGCGGUGCAGCGGACCAUCCAGAAGAUUCUCAUCGCUGUGUUCCUGUCUCGCGAAUUUAAACACGAUGAGACUAACAGGGCUUGGUGGUCAGGCCAAUGGUACGGCCGCGGCCUCGGACAUUCUGCAAUGUCGCAGCCUGCUCGCGAGUUCAUCGUCAAGAUCGUGGAGAUGUCGCUCUGGAGCUCUGACUUCCUCAUGGGCCACAUCUUGCUGGUGAUACUCACUGGUCCCGCCCUCAUUCCCUUCGUCGACAAGUUGCAUUCCACCAUGUUAUUUUGGCUACGCCCCUCGAAGCAGAUUCGGGCUCCCCUUUACUCGACGAAACAGAAGAGGCAGAGACGGUGGAUUAUUGUCAAAUAUUUCCUACUCUAUGUAAUCGUCGUAGCUGGUCUUGCCGCCCUGAUCGUCCUUCCUGCCGUCUUCAGGAACGAGAUCACAUUCCACUGCACCUUAUGUCAGAACAUCUAA